GAGAAAGAAGGAGUCGCGCGAUACUUACAGACGUGUGAUCGUAUGCGCGUAUUCGAUCGCUAGUUUUUUCUAUCGAAAAAUUAAUCGCGACCGAUUUUUAACGAGUUGAUUCGUUUCUAUCGAGAAAUACGAAAUUUGUGUCAAGCUGGAUUAAUCAAGAACAUAUUGAACAUCGUGGAUGCCGUUUCCAGUCCGGUAUCUUCGACACAUCGCAUUGAGGUUGGGUUUCGUAUUGGAUCGAUUUAAUAGGACGAGGUUAUCCACAUGUUCGUAUGUCCUGUUCAAGACUUGUUCGUUUCUGUCAUAUCAGGACAUGAUGACGAAGAACAAGCAGCGAAAUUGGCGACGAUUUCUGGCCGGCUGCUUGGUCGCCGUGGUCGUGCUCGGCUUAGUCAUCGCGGCGACCGUUCUUUUAACCGGAAGCCCGGAUUCCUCCGGCUCGAGGGCCCCCCUCGCAUCCGGUAUCUCUCUGGAGGAAUGGCUCGCGGGCUCCUUGUCACCCAAAAGCUUCAACGGCACAUGGAUCACCGGAAACGAGAUACUGUAUCGCGAUGAAAUUGGAAAUCUCUUGAUCUAUAACGUUACAUCGAGAAAGCCGAGGAAAAUCCUGGACUCGACUAAUAACGUGCUGAUAUUGAGUUUCGAUUAUCAACUAUCGGCCGACCGGAAAUAUCUUCUGCUGGCCAUCAACUACCAGAAGCUCUAUCGACACACGUACCUGGCCAACUACAAGAUCGUGAACCUGGACACCUUAUCGGAGAGCUCGUUGCCGGGGAACGAUUCGGUUUUUCUUCAACUGGCAACGUGGGCGCCACGCGGCAACGCUUUGGUCUACGUGUACCAGAACAACAUCUAUUACAGGCCGGAAGCGGAAGUGGCCCUCGACUAUCAAAUCACGGACACCGGGGUCGUCGGGACCAUUUACAACGGGGUGCCGGAUUGGGUGUACGAAGAGGAGGUGUUCGGUUCCAACAAGGCUUUAUGGUUCUCGCCGAGCGGCAAUAAACUGGCCUUCGGUUACUUCGACGACUCCCAAACACCGAUCAUAACGAUACCGUUUUACGGUUACCCGGGCAGCAUGUCGUUCCAGUACACGACCGCGAUCUCGAUCCAUUAUCCCAAGAGCGGGACGACCAAUCCUACGGUGAAGCUGUUCUACGUCGACUUGGAGAAAGUGAUCCAGGGUAACACGAACUUAACCGAAAUCGAACAUCCGAACAAGUUAUCCACCGAGGAGCGGAUUUUAUCCGCUGUUGCUUUUCCCACCGAUAAUCUCGUGUACGCUACCUGGAUGAACAGGGUGCAAAACAGGGCGUACUUCCAUUUCUGUUACGUCCAUGGCCAGCUACCCAACUGCACAACCGCGCUGACGCACGUAGAGAGUCACGGAUGGGUGGAACAGUUCGAGCCACCGAUGUUCAGCGAUGACGGGGACACGUUUCUUACGAUUCUGCCGAAAAGGCAACGCGACGGAACUUACUGGAGGCAUGCAGUCGCAAUUACCAACGUUUCUUCGGGCUCGCCGAGGAAAACCGCCCUCACUUCCGGCCGCUUUGUCGUCACGGAGAUAGUUUCUUGGGACCAGAAGAAAUCGUAUCUGUAUUACCUGGCCACAACGGAGGAGGAAUCCGCGGUCCAGCAUUUGUACAGGAUAUCGACGAAGGGCACGAGCGAUCCAAGGGGGUCCAAGUGUUUGACCUGCGCUAUCGUUCGGGAAACGGACAGGAAUAGAUGUCUUUACAACACCGCCAAGUUUUCCACCGAUCACUCCAACUACGUGCUCACUUGUGCCGGGCCCGGGGUGCCUGACAUCUCCAUUUACAACGAGAAUUCUACGAGGGCGCUGACGUGGGAGGCGAACGAAGCGGUGGCCGAGAUUAUCGCGGAGAAAUCGCAACCGGUAGUGCGCCGUUUCAAGGUGCCGGUUCCCGGAGGAUUCGAAGCUCGAGUCAGACUUCUGAUCCCGCACGCUGAUUUGUCGGGCGCCACCAAAUAUCCCAUGCUGAUCUUCGUAUACGGUGGCCCAGACUCGUACCAAGUCACGGAGAAGUUCGACGUCGAUUGGGGCACGUACCUUGUAACGAAUAAAAGCAUCAUCUACGCGACGAUCGACGGCCGUGGCUCCGGUUUAAUGGACAACGGCAUGCUAUUCGCCGGAUAUCGAAACUUGGGAACGGUCGAGAUCGCUGAUCAGAUCAACGUUACCAGAUACUUGCAAGACAAGCUUCCAUUCAUCGACCGCACCAGGACGGCGAUAUGGGGUUGGAGUUAUGGUGGAUACGCGACGGGAAUGACGCUCGCCAUGGAUUAUCACGGAGUCUUCAAGUGCGGCAUGUCCGUGGCACCUGUAACAGAUUGGGCUCUUUACGAUUCGAUAUACACGGAACGGUUCAUGGGCCUACCAUCCGACAACUUGCACGGCUAUGAGCAAGGUCAACUAUUGAACAAAGUGGAUAACAUUAAAACAAAGAUGUAUUACUUGAUCCACGGUACUCUGGACGAUAACGUGCACUAUCAGCAAUCUUUGUUGCUCGCCAAGGUUCUCGAGCAAAAGGAUAUUCUGUUCAGGCAACAGACAUACACGGACGAGGAUCAUGGGAUCGCUCAGUCACGAGCUCAUCUUUAUCACUCGUUGGAAAAUUUCUUGGACGAAUGUUACGAAGCUUCAUGAUCACAGCGUCGAGGGAAAAUGACAAUCUAGAUCCUUUGCGCCACCUGCCUCACAUUCCACUUGUAAAUACCUUGCCACUUGUACAUAUUCGAUGUACAAUAUGUAAUAUGAAGCGUUAGUGUACAUAAUUGAAAAAAGGAAAAAAAAAAAAGAAAAAAUAAUUAAAUACAUUCGAUUCAAACGUGAUAA